UCCUGUGCAUUUUAGGGCAUACCCCCAAGAGACUUUUUUUCUUGUUUUGAGGUGCUCUAGCAUUGUGCCAAAUUUCAGAUCUGUACGACUUACGGUUCGGGCUAUCUCACGUUUGGGGGCGUGGCUACGUGGUUAGGCCACGCCCAUUGAUGACGACAUUAAGGAUCAAGAAUUUUCGUUGGGGGACAAUUUUGGGUAAAAGCGUGUGCAUCUAGGGUCUUGGCAAAGUCCCCAUAUUGCCCCGCAAAGACGCAACGGAAAAAACAAAGAAUAAUAAGAAUUCGAGCGAUUACAAUAGGCUCUUGCAGUUUUCCUGCACGGGCCUAAUAAAACAUUCAAAAACGUUAUGUCGUACUUGCGAAAACAAAGAGAUGAACAGUUCUAGUUUUAUUAUUCAUUGGCCGUAGGUUGUCUAUAACAAGAGAGGCAGACUGAAGGGGCGUUGGUGCCCGUUCAUUCACUUUCAGCAGCCUAGAGCGGAUGUGUCACUUGGAUCCACACUGCAGUACUGGACGUGUCAAUUUAACAGGAACAAUAUAGAUAAUUGGUAACUCGACCGAAGGGUUGGGAUGGAGCAGUGGAUAUUACAUGCUACAGGCGAUUUGAUGAAGGUUUGAAUGAUGAAAGAAGGACCUGUGAACUUCCUUGUCUGAGAAAAGUAUUCCAACGAGAUUCAUCUACAUCAUCCACAGAGCAACAGGAGAGGGAUUCAAAAUGGCUCAGGUAAUUUACAAAAAAACGGACAACGCCACAUACAAUGAUCGACUCCCACUGCGGAUUGUGCGGGCUGAGGCUGAGCUCUCUCCCAUGGAGAAAGUCUACCUGGGGGCGGUUGAAAGAGGGGACUAUGCCAGUGUAAAACAAGCGCUGGAUGAGGCUGAGAUCUACUUCAGGAUCAACAUCAACUGCGUCGACCCUCUGGGCCGCACGGCUCUUCUUAUUGCCAUUGAAAACGAGAACCUGGAGAUCAUCGAGCUCUUGCUCAGCUAUAAUAUACAUGUGGGUGAUGCCCUGCUGCACGCCAUUCGUAAGGAAGUAGUGGGGGCCGUGGAGCUGCUUCUCAAUCACAAGAGGCCACGUGGAGACAAACAGAUCCCCCCAAUCCUAGUGGAAAGACAGUUUUCAGACUUCACUCCAGACAUUACUCCAAUCAUCCUUGCAUCUCAGACUAACAACUAUGAGAUCAUCAAACUGCUUCUUCAGCGAGGUGUUUCCAUACCUCAGCCACACGCUGUGCGCUGCAAUUGUGUGGACUGCAUGUCCAACUCAGAUGUGGACAGCCUCCGUCACUCACGCUCCCGUCUUAACAUCUACAAGGCCCUCUCCAGCCCGUCUCUCAUUGCCCUCUCCAGUGAAGAUCCAUUCCUAACAGCUUUUCAGCUUAGCUGGGAGCUGAAGGAGCUCAGCACAGUGGAGAAUGAGUUCAAGUCAGAGUACGAAGAGUUGUCCCGUAUAUGCAAACAAUUUGCAAAGGACCUUCUGGACCAGACUCGAAGCUCUAAGGAGCUGAAUAUAAUUCUCAACUACCGUGAUGACACCAAUCCUCUGAUGGCUGCGAACACCAAUGACCUAGCUCGUUUGAAACUGGCAAUCAAAUAUUCCCAGAAGGAGUUUGUUGCCCAGCCCAACUGCCAGCAGCUUCUUGCAUCUCGGUGGUAUGAUGAAUUCCCAGGUUGGAGGAGGCGUCACUGGGCAGUGAAGCUUGUCACCUGUGUCUUUAUUGGCCUCCUCUUUCCAUUGUUUUCUAUCUUCUACUUGAUAACUCCAAAGAGUCGCUAUGGCCAGUUCAUCCGUAAACCUUUUAUUAAGUUCAUCUGCCACACUUCUUCCUACUUGACUUUUCUCCUCCUGCUCUUCUUGGCCUCACAGCAUAUUGACUCUAGUGACCCAGACUGUCGGGCAGCCAACUUUCAGGGCCCAGCACCCACCACUGUGGAAUGGAUGAUCCUGCCUUGGGUGAUUGGUUUCAUAUGGGCUGAGAUCAAACAAAUGUGGGAUAGUGGUUUAAAGGACUACAUGGAUGAUUGGUGGAAUAUAAUGGACUUCAUUAUGAACUCCUUGUAUCUUGCCACCAUUUCUCUAAAAAUUGUUGCAUACACAAAGCACAGAGGAUACAAGCCAAGAGACAGCUGGGAAAUGUUGCACCCCACGUUGAUAGCAGAGGCAUUAUUUGCCAUUGCUAACAUCUUCAGCUCCCUACGUCUGAUCAAUCUUUUCACUGCCAACUCACACUUGGGUCCUUUACAGAUUUCACUGGGCCGGAUGCUUCUGGACAUCCUCAAAUUUCUGUUCAUCUACUGUCUCGUCCUUUUGGCUUUUGCCAAUGGCCUUAAUCAGCUCUAUUAUUAUUAUGCAACGGAUGGUGUAAAGGACUGCAAAGGUAUUCGCUGUCAACCUCAAAAUAAUGCCUUUUCAACGUUGUUUGAAACACUGCAGUCAUUAUUCUGGUCUGUGUUUGGCCUCAUUGCUCUCCAUGUGACCAAUGUAGAAGCAAACCAUACAUUCACCAAAUUUGUGGGCACUACCAUGUUUGGCACCUACAAUAUCAUCUCCCUGGUAGUGCUUCUGAACAUGCUAAUUGCAAUGAUGAACAACUCCUACCAGCUUAUUGCUGAUCAUGCAGACAUAGAAUGGAAAUUUGCACGAACAAAAUUAUGGAUGAGCUAUUUUGAAGAAGGCGGGACUUUACCAUCUCCAUUCAAUAUAAUACCAAGUCCAAAAUCAGUAUAUUAUCUACUUAAGUGGAUAAAAACAAAUUUGUUCAAGAAAACAAGCAAACAAUCAUUUGACACAUUUGAAACUUUGGGGAUGCGGGCAGCAGAAAAUGUCAGAUUAAAUCAUGAAUAUCAGAAUGUUUUGAAGUGCCUUGUAAAGCGGUAUGUUGCUGCAAUGAUCAGAGAUGCCAAAACCGAAGAAGGAUUGACAGAGGAAAACUUCAAGGAGCUUAAGCAAGAUAUCUCCAGCUUCCGCUAUGAAGUUUUGGGAAUGAUGAAAACUAAACCUCACUGUGGGGGAACAAGUCCUGUUGCAAGUACAACGUUGGCAUACCCUGGAAAUUCCUUCAAAUAUUGUCGUAAAUCUGCUGCAAAUGAGCGUCAAAAUAAGUCACGCAUGUUGGAUGCAAAGUCCCCCACCGUCCUCCAAAGUAAAGCUGCCAACACUACCAACUCUUCAUGCUCAAAUGAUCAAAGCAAUUUUUCUGUUAUUGUAUGGAGUUCGGAAAAGUGUGAGAGCGAAAUAUCAAAAGAGCAGUCAAACCCUGAGUGCUCUGAGACAGAACCAAAUCUCUUUUCUAAAAUGUGAUGAAACAAACUCCUUGUCUGGGGCAUGUGGUGGACAAAACAAAGACCAACCUUAAAGUGGGAAAGUAGAGGUGGAAGUCUUACAGAAAGUGAACACAAACAUUCAGGAAAUAGAGUUUUCUUGUGCCGUCCCUUCCAAGGAAGUGAUAAAUGGUCCAAAAAAAGUAAAAAAAAUCUGGAAGAAAGUGAAAUACAGCAAAAGAAAACAGUGGGUCAAAUCUUAAAACAUGUAAUCAUUAUUUACCUAAUCUUAAUAUUUUAAAGAAGCUAGUGACAGUCAACUACUGCAGUAGAUAAACUCUGAAUUUAAAAAUUAUACAAUGUUGCAUUCUAUAAGUCAUGUAAAGGCCCAAUAGUUUUUAUUUAUUUGUUUAUUUUUUGUCUUUAUGAGCAACAAGAUUGCUCACUUAAUGCUCAGGGAAUUGAAGUGUAAACAGAUUUGUUAUUCAGCUCUUACCUUAAGCAACUCACACAAAACAGUUUAAAUAUCUGUCUGCCUUUCUUACACUCCUCCACUGACCUAUCCUCUCACUGUGACCUAUAAAAUACUCUCUUUAUCUAGAAAAAUAGUAUUACACCUGACAUGUUAUUUUGGAUUCAAUUAAUUAUGCAAGAAUAUCUGAAUAAUCUACAUAGUUGACAGUAAGCAUAUAAACCCCAGAUGUAUCCACUAUCAAAGCUAAUUUGAUGUUUAAUUUAGUCAUUAGCUUCUAAAAUUGUUAAGGUAUGUACAAAUUUUGAGAUUUGUUUCAGGAUGUACUUUUUAAACGUCUGCUAUGUUAUCAGCGUUUUAUAUUUUGCAGCCUAACGUGCUUAUAAAAUGUAUUUCAUUGCUUUGACAACUUUUACUACUCAUGAGAUAUAUUAAAAAUACUUGCUAAUAAAAUAAAUUCAAAUGUUA